UACUGUUUGCCGGAAAUGGGAAGAAGAAGUCACCUAGCCGCUUGCUAAUGUUGCUAGCCAACACGGAAGCAGCACAGCGUGACAACUGGUAGCAUAAAAUCUACAAAAGAAGGCUCUCUUGCUUGCUAUAGAAGGAAUUGGAGGCGGAUGGACUAAGUUUUGGAUUGGAACUAGGAUUAGGAUAAGGACCACUUCCACAGCUAAUUGUGAAAACAAGAAGUGAUCUUAAAGUCUGCAGGUGCCCCCCAUUCUGUGUCAGCAGUGCCACUCACUCAACCACCAUGUCGGAUGGCCGGAUCUAUGUGGGGAAUCUUCCCAUGGAUGUCCAGGAGAGAGACAUUGAGGAUCUCUUCUACAAAUAUGGAAAAAUCCGUGAUAUUGAAUUGAAGAACAAUAGAGGCACUAUCCCUUUUGCCUUUGUCCGAUUUGAAGACCCACGGGAUGCAGAUGAUGCUGUCUAUGGAAGGAAUGGAUAUGGAUAUGGAGACUCCAAGCUGCGUGUAGAGUAUCCUCGAUCCUCUGGGGCUAAAUUUGGUCCUAUGGGAGGUGGAGGUGGUGGUGGAGGAGGAGGACCUAGGGGAAGGUUUGGACCCCCAACUCGAAGAUCUGAAUUCCGGGUCAUAGUGACUGGGUUACCACCAACUGGGAGCUGGCAGGAUCUGAAGGAUCAUAUGCGCGAGGCAGGAGAUGUUUGUUUUGCAGACGUGCAGCGAGAUGGAGAAGGUGUGGUGGAAUUCCUCCGUAGAGAGGACAUGGAGUACGCGCUACGCAGAUUGGAUCGGACGGAGUUCCGUUCACAUCAAGGUGAGACUGCAUACAUCCGCGUCUAUGAGGAGAGAGGCACUCCCAGCUGGGGUCGGUCACGUUCCCGCUCCAGAUCCCGAGGUCGCUAUUCACCUCCCUACCAUAACAGAGGAUCCCCCCCUCCGCGUUAUCAGUCGCCUCCACGCCACGCUAUGUCGCGCCAUAGUCCACCCUCCAGGAGGCACCCCCCACAGCACCAUAGCCCACCACCACGUCAUUAUCGGUAGAAAGGCUCAUCAUUUAUAGAGGAAUUGGGGGAAAUGUUUUUUAAUUCUACCUGCUUUUUUUUUUAAGCCCCGGGUCUCCUCCUAGGAAACACCAUUAUUUCUUGCUACAUACAUUCCAUGGUCAGGAUCCCGUGCUCCUCCCCUCAGCCUUAACAUUGUUUUUCAAACACCCAUAUGUGUUAUGUGAAAGCAGGAUUGUUGAUUUUUCUCUUCUAAGCAAAAUAACUGUAUUUGAUUAUUUUAUAACAAAUUAGAGGUGUCUUUUAUAAAGAAAUCCUGGGUUGUAAUGUCAAACGUUGACAGAAACCAGUACAAACAGGUUAUAUUAUAUUGUCCAAAACAAAUAACACAAUUCUGCAGCUAUCAGACAAAACGUCAUACUGCUUCUUAAAUUUUCCUUUUUGUGUGUGUCCUAUCUGUAGCCUUGUAUGGAAGUUCUAUGAAUAUGAAGUUUUUCGAACCGCCAAUUUAAGAACCUGUGAAGCUAAUCAAUAUCCUCCUCUGAUUCAAGAUGUGUAAAAUUAGUACGCCUUUUAGAGUAGUGACACAUGUUGACUGUGAGCCUCACCUGUCAGAUUAUUUUUUUAACGUAUGAGCCUCUGACCGAGGUGACCUGUAGGUGGACUUGAUUUGUAUGCAUCUGUUUUUUUUUCUUUACCAAUAAAAUGCAAACUUUUA